AACGGGACCAGUUGGUAAGCAAGGAAAUGAAGGACCGAAAGGUAGACCUGGACCGAGAGGACCGAUGGGACUGCAGGGUGAACAAGGACCUAGAGGAAUGAAGGGACCGAUAGGAGCAACAGGGCCAAUGGCAGGAAGAUAA